GCAGGUAACCUUUAUUGUGUGUGUGUGUGUUUUUUUUUUUUGUUUAUUUGUAUUUCAAAACAAAGAAAUAUAUUAGUGCUCAGUGUUUAAUUGCUUUCUGUCCUGUGAUGGCAACUGUUUACUUUAUCGCUUGACAAUGCUGCUGAAAAUACGCCAUGCACUGCUUGAAGUGACCAAUCAAUCAGCAAAGCAGUCAAUAAAGCAAUCGGCGAUUAUAAUCAACAAUGAGAUCAUAAUUAGCUCCAGCAACAUAUUGCAGCCCCAUAUUCGUUUAGCUGGAGAUGGAGACAAAAUUAUUCAGAGCUUGCAGCAGUGUAAGCUUGUCGAUGCUCAGGAUGAGAACUGUGCCCAGGGUAAACUGCUGCGCACUUUACAUUAUUUGGUGACCUUUGAUCGACAACGCCGGCGACUAACUGAUCGCAGUGCCCAACAGAAUUCCACCUCCCACAUACUGACUCGCUAUACGGCACAGCCUUUGUACGUCUUUUGUGCUGCUGAGGUGUCCAGGAAUCUGCACAAGAUUUUGAUGAACGCCGACUCUGAUGAGCAAAAUGUGCUGCGUUCCAGUUUUCUAGUAUUAACCAUGCGGGAACUAAAGGAGCGUGAAUCCUUCAAGCGUUUCCUUCAGCAUAUUGCCAGCUAUUUGCGUUACUUACAACCAAUUCACACACUUGACGAUGUGCUUGUUAUGUGCUCGCCCUUCGGCUUGGAGAACUUCUACAAGACCAUUAGCAUUGGCAAAGUAUCCAAUGUGAUGGGCGCUUCGCUGUUUGGCCUAUCGAAUGCGCUGCCAUUGGGUUGCGAGGGGGCAGCCGUCUUCAACAAUAAUCUGCGCCUCAUUGGCAUUAUUAUAUGCACAUCAUUCCAGCGAGACCAGGAGAAUGUUAAUCUGACCUUGGCUGCCAAUUUUGGUUAUCUGCUGCGCGAUUUUAUAGCACAGUUGGGCACGCCGAUUAGCAUGCUGAACCUACCGCGAGAGCCAUCAAAUUUUGCCUGGGAGCGCACAAUUGUUGUCAUUGGAUCAGCUGGUCAGCAAGGCACCGGAACUUUCAUCAAAGUGUACAAUAAACGUUUCAUUCUAACAUGUGCCCAUGUAGUUGGUCAACCCAAUUCACAAGUACAUUGUCGUGCUAUCGAUCAAGAAUUCAAAUCAGAUGUAAUUUGGUGCAAUCCGGAUGAGAGUCGUCCCUACGAUUUGGCCCUGCUCACCGCUCCUGAAAAUAUACCAGAGCAUCAUUGUGUACGGAUGUCACGCAAUCGGGCUACCUUGGGCCAGACUGUGUACAAUGCUGGCUUUCCAUACUAUGUGAACUUUAACUUUAAGUACGACUUCAAUCCUUCCAUAUUCCAAGGACGCAUCAUAAAAUGUGAUCAGGGCGCCAUAAUGUCCGACGGCAGCGUACAGGCCGGUCAAAGCGGAGGACCAAUGUUUGACCAAAACGGCAGCAUUCUCGGUGUUUGCGUCUCCAACAUUAAACACGAGGAUAUUGUGUACCCUAACAUAAAUACCGCCAUUCCCACAUUCGAUAUACGGCAAACGUUACAGGAAUUUGCAAAAACAAGUGAUAUUAAGGUGCUGAACAACCUUGUCGCAAAUCAAGAUGUGUGCCGCGUCUGGUCGUUGGAGAUGCCUCUAAUACAAAGCAAACUUUAA